AUGGCCGCGCCGCUCAUGGAGUUCCAUCCGUCCAUGUCGCUCGAGCACCAUGCUGCGCCGACGCCGAUCCCCACGAAGCCAUCGCUAGCCGUAAGUUCUGGCGCCCCCGCCGACCCCGACCACGUGUGGCACGACGUCAAUGACACGAUCAAGCUCGGGCUCAUGGCCGAGCGCAAUGCGUACGUGGCCAAGCUCGUCGCGCUCCAAGCGUACGUCGUUGGGACGAUCGACGGGCCAUUGUACAUCGCACGGGUGUAG